AUGCCCUCGAGAGCAGAAGAACAGAUCGCAAAGGCAGAGAAGAAGGCCAGCUCCUCCGUCGGCUGGUUUGGCAACAGCAACACCAAGUGGGAGGAGGCCGGCGACCUCUUCGCCCAGGCCGCCGUCUCCUUCAAGAUCGACAACAAGUGGCAAGAGUCCGGCCAAGCAUAUGAGCGUGAAGCAGCGUGCCGCCUCAAGCUGAAUGAGAACAACGACGCUAUGAACGCAUUCCACAACGCCGCCAAGUCGUACAAGAAGUCCAAUCCCGAAGCUGCUGUGUCUGCCUUGCACCAGGCGAUCAAGCUCCUCAUAGAGAGCGGCCUGUUCCGCCAGGCGGCUGACCGGGAGAAGGAGAUUGCCAACAUCUACGCCCAAGAUGGUAUCAAUCCUGCAAAGGCGCGAGACAGCUUCAUCCGCGCUGGAGACUGGUACAAGCAGGAGGAUGCGAAUGCGACCGCCAACCAAUGCUACCAACAAGCAGCCGAGAUCUCUGCCGACUUGCAAGACUAUCAAAAGUCUAUGGAACUGUACCAGACUGUGGCGAACUGGAGCUUGACGAGCGCCUUGACAAAAUACUCUGUAAAAGAAUACUGGCUUCGUGCUGCGCUGUGUUCUCUGGCCAUGGGAGACCUUGUGACCACUCACAAACUACUCACCGACUUUGCGCAGAAAGACGUCACCUUCCCUUCUACCCGUGAAGCAAAGUUUGCCAAAGAGCUCAUGGACGCGUGUGAAGAGGCCGAUGUGGAGAGAUUUACGGGCGCCAUCUAUCAGUUCGAUCAGGUCACCAAGUUGGAUAACUGGAAGACUGGUGUACUGCUGAGGAUCAAGAAGGCGCUGGAGGAGGACGAGGGAGGUUUGACAUAG